GCCAUAUACAAACAGUGCCAUGACACCUUCACCCCAAAUUGAAGGCUGCCGUGUCCCUGAUCCUGUCGUCACUCGACGUACCCUGCCACAACCUGCGGCGAUAUCUCCUACACUUUCCAUUUGCAAGAUUUGCAGCCGAAGUUUCGCAGACCGCAAAUCGCUUUGGAACCACGAUCAAUCUAUUCACAAAAAAAGGCGAUACGACUGCGAUGUCAGGGGGUGUACGUACAGGGCGACUAGGGCGGCGAAUCUUAGGAGGCAUAAAAGAACUUGCCAUGAACAUUGAGUACCUUAGGGGGCGAUGUUCACGUUUGAAAGAUUUCAACGGACUUCCUACCGUCUAGUUUGGAUUUGACUCGUCGUCAA